CUGGGUCUUUUCGGUGGGGCAGCUUACUUUGGAUCGUUGGACACGGACCCUAUGAAGCCAAUCUGGGGCAUCGAUCCUUUCAUAUUCUAUGGCGCAUGUACCGCCGCGUGUAUGGUAGGUGUGGGGUACAUCGUCGGUCCCACACUGGGGUCCUCGCUGUGGCGUAUCAUCUAUCGUCGUAGCGCCAAACUUAUGGAUGCUCGGGAUCGCGAAUUUUAUCAGCGGAUAGCCAAAAACAGAGUCGACGCCAGUCUGCAAAGCCCAACUAGCCCGGUACCAGAUUAUUAUGGUGAACGCAUCGGGUCCCUUCGUCAGUACAGAAGAGUAAGUGACUCCGAUGUAUUUUACUGUAACUGUCACCUCAUAGUUAUCUUCAGUGGCUCAGAGACCAGGGAAAAUACAAACGAAAGGUUUUGCUACCCGAAGAAUAAGUGCCGCUGGUGUUUAGCUUGA